AUGCGUCUAAAGUGUUUGUCCAAAUCAUGGCUCUCUCUCAUCUCUGACCCCUACUUUGCCAAACUCCAUUUUCAACAACCUUCCCAACAACACCCAAAUCGAAUCCUUUGCACAAAUGGUCCACAAAUCCUAUCCAUAGAUUUUAACUCAUCCCUUCAUGACGAUUCUGCUCUUGUGAAACUGGACCUUCCCCUUUUCAAAUCAUACGCUGAUGUCAAUUUCAUGACGGCUUCUUACCGAGGCUUUGUGUUUCUUAGGCCUAUAGAUGAGCACAGAUUUUUUCUUUUGAAUCUUUCCACAAGGGUCUGCCAAGAAAUUGCAAUACCUCCUACGACAGUACGCGAUUCCAUACCUUAUUUAUAUAGCUUUUGUUAUGAUGAGUUUGCCGAUGACUACUUGGUAGUGCUCGGAUCCAGAUACAAGAAGAAACCAGCAUCAUCACCUGAUAUUCAUCUUUUAGGCUUUGAAGUCUUCUCUAUCAGAAGCAACUCAUGGGAAGAACAUGGCCAACUUGCCAUCGGUGCUUGGACCGUACCAGCCAUUGGCUUGUUCUUAAACCGUGCUAUUCAUUGGCUUGUUCGGACUCCAUCUGAAAUAGAAAUUAUUGCAUUUGAUAUAACAACAAAGAGUUUAAGAGAGAUUCCUGCGCCCUCUGAAUCCGAUGGUAAUUUCUUAGAAAUAGUGUGUCCUCUGCGCGCACUUAAAGGAUGCCUCUCCCUCGUGUUGGGAUCGAAUGGUCGCGAUGAUGAGAUAUGGACCAUGAGAGAGUAUGGAGUGAAAUCGUCUUGGACCAAGUUUUUCUCCUUGUCAUGUAGCAAGUUUAUGGAUAACAUAUUCCCCAUGUGCUUCUCCAAAGAUGUUCAACUAGUGCAUGACCACAUAAGAUUAUCAAAAUGGAACGAGAAAGGAGAAUUGCAAGAAUGUCGUCAAUAUUUCACCCAGCGUCGUCAAAUUUGUUGUCUGUGCUUCCGCUUUUACGCAGCAACUCCUUAUACUGAAACUUUGCUUUCUCUCCCUUCACUAGUUUAG